GUUCCAGUUACUCUCCCAGUAACUGGAAAAAAAAUAAAAUAGUCACCAUACACAGCACCUGCCGUUCCUAUUACUGCCUGGUUCAAUGUUUUACUUCUUUCUUUUUCUUUUUGACUCUCCAGCUACCUGCUUCGCUCUCUUCCUUAUAUUUUCUUUUCUAAAUCUGGCUUCCCCUAUUUCCUAUCUUCCCCAAGCCCUUAGUUUACCCUUACUCCUGUCUGCCUCCCACUCCCAGACUUUCCGUGUCGUGCCACCUUCUCUCUUUCUCCUCUCUCUCAAAAGAAAAAAAGAAAAACUCAUUUUUUGCUGGCUAAAACCCCAUCUUUUAUAGCCCAGCCCUACCUCAUUAUGAGCUGCAGGUGUCCUUCAGUUAAUGUGGUAGCCCCGCAUUUGCACGAGGUAGCUAAAACGGGAACAGAACAGACUGACAAUUAAUUACAAUACAGUCAGCCAUUUACAUUUGGUACGGGGAUAAUUAACACAGGGAUAACCGAUUUGUCACACUGGUAACAUCUAUAUAAUUACAUAAUUUUGCUUCACAGUUGAAUGAAGCCUGCUGAAUAAUGCUACAUUAACAUAUUGAAUUACAUACCGCAUUGUAGUUUUCCAUACUUAAUGAAAAACAGACAACAAUUAAAAAAUGUGACAUUUCGAAAUCCAACAUGCAUUUCUGCUGUGUGUCAGGGCUUCACUAAAUUCACUAAAUGUGGCUAUGCAGGGGAAAGAUCACCAUAAUAACCAGUGUGAGGAAAUGUGUAUUAAAGUUACAGUUAAGAACAUAAGAAAGGUUACAAAUGAGUGGAGGUCAUUCGGCCAAUCUGGCUCGUUUGGCUGUUAGUAGCUUAUUGAUCCCAGAAUCUCAUCAAGCAGCUUCUUGAAGAAUCCCAGGGUGUCAGCUUCAACAACAUUACUGGGGAGUUGGUUCCAGACUUCCACAAUUCUCUGUCUGUAAUGCCAGCUCAGACCCAGGCUCAGGAUUUCACCCAUUUCACCCAUUUUAAAGAAGCACUGAACAACAGCUUGACAAGCAGAGUAUGUUCAAUUAGUUCACUCUGGCAGUCUUACAGUACUGACAGAGCAUUUUGAAAAGCAGUUUUCAUCACUGAAUGAGCUGAAGCCAUUCAUUUCAUUGCUUACAAACCCGUUUGGAUUUGACUUUGCUAACAGUGUGCUGUUUUACUUUCUGUAAUACACCUGGAGCAUUUAUUGUAAGUAUACCGUCAUUUUUUAUGUUUGCUUUACUUGUUGCAGUGACCAUUAUAAUUUACACACGUGUAUCAUGUAAAUAGCUGGCAAGGAUGGGGGAUUGUGGCAAUGUGCCCCACCCCUGUGUGUAUUUUUGUGUUUUAUGUUGUAUGUAGUGUGUUAAUGUUGGUGUAUAGAUAUUACUGCAUGGGAUAUAAAUGGGUGUGUGUAGCACAAGUUAUUUAAAAUGUAUAAUUGUAUUUAGGCACAGGGAUUUAAAGUACUUAAUAAUAUGUGAGCACGGAGUUUCACAGAUUAGUUCACGUGCUAGGAUUCAAGUGAAUAAUUAAUUGGUAAUUGAAUCCCUGCACAAUUGUAUAUAUAGAUGCAUGUUUCAUUCACUCGGGGUUGUGUGUUCGGUGAGUGGAGAACGGAUGUGGAGAAGGAGGAAAAGUAAAGUAAACUAAAGUAUACUAAAAGAAUAAUUGUAAUUUAUUUAUUCUUACUCACCGUGUUUGUUUGUCUGUUAGUCCACAGUUUGUUUAAGUGUUAGUCUGUUUUGUUUCUCUAUUUUAUUUUGGCGUUAAGUGCUGUGUACUGUUUCUGUUUUGGCCACUGUGACAUUUUGUUUUGGAAAGUGUUUUGUUUUUAUUUAAAUAUUUUAUUUAAUAAAGAAACAAGUGCACUUGCAUCUUGCCCCACAUAACUUGCCUGUUUUGUGUUUCAUUAAUUUCUGGGUCUGACAUCACUCCAAAGCCAUCCUGUGACAGAGAGCGAAUGAAUCUGAAUCAACAAUCUCCCUCUCGAACUGUGAGAGCACUGUACAGCAGGAAUUGCGUGCCCCGUACUAAAUGGUUGGGCAGUUCAUUCCGGGGGUAGUUGGAAGCCGGCCAUUCAGGAAAGGGACGGCGUCACGGUACCAGGAAUCAUCGCCCUAGUACGGUAAGCAAAGUUUCAUUCAUGAAUUUGAGGAGACGUGAUUGAACUAGCUAUCGGAGGGGGCGGGGCUGAGGGUACUUUAGGGGGACGUGACGCUGUAAUCGGUACCUUUGUUGUGGUUGAUGGGAGGAAACGAGGACUGUUCGGAACCUGAGUUAAGUGUUUUGGUUUGUUUGCAAACUUGUGUGUUUUGUCUUCGGCAGUCUGAUUAAGCACGCAUCUGGGAGCUACAGCCUUGGGCUAUCGAUUCACCCGGACUUCACCGUACCUGCACUUAACCAGCAUCACUGUUUCCAGCACCGCACCUGCACUAAGAGCACGCACUGUCCGGAGACGUGUCUGUGUUUGUGUCUGUGUUUUUGUAAUUAUUAUUUCGGGACUGCAACCCCUUGUUUUGGCGCUGGCAAUACCCAUUGUUGGGUAGAGCCAGCUUUAUUAUUUAAACUCGGUCAAGGAGACUAACAAGGCAAUUAAAGAACGAACUUGAACCGUGAACUCUGUGUUUGUCCUUGUCUGGAGCACUUGCAUCACCCUUUCACUACGCACUGCAACCCACACGUUCACACAUCCUUACCAUAGAACUGUAUCAUGAAGCUGCAUUUCAUUUAAUUAAAAUGGAAAUGUUCCAGGUAAUGACAGUGUAGACAGAACAAGUACAGUUAUAAUGAGAAAGAACAAGAGGGAUGCAGUACCUGGAGAGAGAUUCCUGUGUGAUGGGGUUAUGAAACAAAUCUCAACAGGGCUGUACACGCAGGGUGAAAUCAGAGGUAAACAACUAUGACCUUCAUAUUCUGUGGAGAUUUUCAGAGUCAAUAAAACAGUCUGGGCUGCAAGUCUGAAUUACAGAAAUACCAAUUAGCAUUAACGUGAUCCUGGUACUGGAUGGUAAUGAAUGUAAAGGCAGGUUCUAAUGAUAAACAUUGAAGAAAAAAGAAAGAGAGAAAAGGAUAACAUUCCCAUUCAAGUUUUCAACUGAAAAAACGAUUAUUGGAAUACAAUGGAAUUGGGAUGGAAAAUGCAGAUUUUGUCUGACUCAAAUCACACAAAUGUUGCUGAAUUUGUUUUUGUAGGCUUUACUGGCGUAAGACAAGCUCCACAGUUAAUAGGAGUCACGUUUCUUAUCAUCUAUCUAUUGACUCUUCUUGGCAACCUUUUCAUUUUAUAUGUGAUCAAACAGCAAGAAAAAUUACAAACUCCAAUGUAUAUUAUUAUCUGUAACCUUGCUUUGUCUGAUAUCAUAUACAGCACAGUUAUAAGCCCUAAACUUAUACAGUCCUAUCUGUUUGACUUGAAUGCAAUACAAUUCCAUGUGUGUUUCAUCCAAAUGUAUUUUUUACACUUUGCUGGCUCGGUGGAUUCUUUCAUGAUGCUUGUGAUGGCACUAGACCGCUAUGUUUCAAUAUGUUUCCCUUUAAGGUACCCUGCUUUAAUUACCAAUAAAAAUGCACAAAUCCUGUGCAUUGUAGCCUGGAUGUUGGGAGCAAUCAGUCCACUGCCUCCAGUUAGCUUUGCUGCUAUACUUCCUUACUGUGGUCCUAAUAAGGUAAACCAUUUGUACUGUGAACAUCGUUCAGUCGCCAGACUCGCCUGCACUGACACAACUUUCAAUAUGCUUUUGUCAGUUAUAAUAGCAUGUUUAGUCUUAAUUGUUCCAUUUUCGAUUAUUUUGCUUUCUUAUUUAAAAAUAAUCAUCACUGUACUUAAGAUCUCAACAUCAGAAGGUAGAAAGAAGGCAUUUUACACAUGUAGCACACAGCUUAUUGUGAUUUCCAUUUAUUUCAUACCAAGAUUAUUUGUAUAUAUUGCUGCAAUGGUUGGGGUUUACAUGCCAGAUGUGGCCCGUGUCUCUUUGGGUGUCAUGUACUGCCUCCUACCUCCAUUAGCAAACCCAGUAAUCUAUAGUUUUAGGACUAAAGAAAUCAAGCAGUUAAUUUUCAAAUCGUUUAAACUGAAAACAGUUGUUCCCAGAGAGGACACAGUGGGAAAUAUUUGUGCUUGAAUGUUAAUAAACAUCUUUAAAUAUUGUGUAACAUUUUGUCUUUCGCUCCACACACAAAACAUAUAAAAGGUUAUUAUAAAGUCAUUUGGUGCACAAUUGUUGUGGAAAAAUCACUGUGUCAUGGCAGAUGGAGGUGAUUGUAAGACUAAAAGCAUGGGUCAUGGAGGGUGCUGCCAUAGGGAAAGAAAAAUACAUUUUGAAUAUAUUGUUUAAAAUUAUAUGAAGUACGUAUUUUCAAAAUUAUAUAAAGAUUUCGUAUAGUUAAAUAUCAUUCCCCCCACAUGUAUUGUAAGCUAAAUAAUGUAUUUUAAAUGUCUCAUAUACACUAUACAUAAUAGAAAUGAAAAUAUCUUCUUUACCUGCUUAAUAUGCUUCAUAGCUUCAUGUUUAAGCCAUUUUAAGAUUUCUGAUUUGAUUUCAAGACUCUUUUAAGAUAGCAUGUUAUCAUUCUUGUCUAUACUAGUUUUUAACAUCAUUGUAACUUGGACAGUUUUCAAUAAAAUAUUUUUCAUAGUUUAUCUUUUUCAAACUGCAUUUUUCUUGAUUUGCAUAUGUAAAAUCUUCAAACUGAAAAGUAUUUGCUGGAAUCAGUAAAGCUAUUCCCAUCUGCUCCUUCACUCACACAUUGCCUGCCAUUCUCAUAGUGUGAAUGGUCAAAUGGUGUAACUGGCUGCUAUCUGAAGUUUAACUUUUCCUAUUACCAGUAGUGUAACAGUGGUUAGCUAGGGCUCCUCCCCCGUUCUGUCACACCAAUAAUAUCUACCAAUAUCCAUAUUUAAACCUCAAGUCAUGCCCUUAUUCUGUCUUAUGGUU